CAUCAACCACGCCGACUCUUUGGUCGUCCUUUGGUCCUCUCUGUCCCUCCUCGUUCCACCCCGCCCGGAGGCAUAGAUUCCGCCGUAUUCUCCUCUCCUCUCCUCUCCUCCUCUCGUCUUCCCCUUGUCUCGUAUUCCAGAGAGUGACGGAGGCGUGUUCAUCCCCGGCUCACGCCAAACCAUAAAAGCAAAAAAGGGAGAGUAGUUGCAAGGUCUUGUUUUAAAAACCAAAAAGUUAUUGCGUCGCAUAUAUCAUAUAUAUAAAGCAGCAGAAGAAACAAAAAAAAAAAGGCAAAGGGGGAGCCGCACAGAACUUUUAUCUUAGGUUUUCUUGUUUUGUUGUUUAUUUUCUAUUCUUCGUUUCGCGGUUUUUGCCAAAGGAAACCAUUACUCUCCUUCAACAAGCUUAGAUCAAGGAAACAAUAAUUCGCCGUCGCGGUAUCUUUUUUGGUCGCUGACAGCUCCUGCAUUCACUUGUCAAGGGCCACACCACCCUGUCAUUGCCGUCUUAAGCACACAUCCAGUGAUAUAUUUAUUUGAUUAUCUCGUUCUUCCUGCUUUCCCUUUACCUCUUUUUAAUCUUCUAGUUUUCUGCUUGCGACCGUGCGACCUUGCGAUCUUGCGAUCUUGUGGCCGUUUCAUCUACUCUCGUGGCCGCCUUGGAUCCUGCCGAAAACCACUUUCUUUGUCGAGGCUUUCUGGCACUGUCUCGACGUUUGAUAUUGUCCUCUUUUAUCAUCCUCGCGCAUCCGUUUUCAGCGGCACGAAUCGGACGGUUCUAAUACCUUGUUCCCCCGCUCCACACACACGCAACUCUCUCUUAUCACAUCAUCCGGCGCAUUCGUCAAAGUGGAAGUGGAAGAAACUUUGGUAACAUCGACCUUCUUCAUCGCGACGCAUCCCACGCAGCGCAGCAUAGAUCCGUUGUUGUUGUUGUCGUCUAGUUGUCGCACUGUCGGGGGAGACAUUAAGUUGUUCAUCUCCCGCCUAUCCAAAAGACUAUCCAAGUUCUAGGUCGUUCUACAGCUAGAUCCAUCUUUCCGUUGCACCUAAUCCUCGAACCACAUCUCACAACAUGGAGUCUCUUACCACACAUCCCUCGACUGCGCAGCAGGCGAAGGCGUUCACUUCUCCAGCUUCGUUAUCGUUCCCAGGGGGUGCCGGUGAUCUGACCCCACCGUCGUCGGAGAAGGACCCAGGCAUGAUGAACGGAUCGCAACCAUCGAAUUAUCAACUACACGUGGGGAAUACUGCCACUGGCAACGGGGUGACUCCCGCAACUCCUGCUGCGACUCCUGGAGCCGGUGCUGGUCCUGGAGUUAGCGGCAUUGUGCCUACUUUGCAAAAUAUUGUUGCGACGGUCAACCUUGACUGCCGUCUGGAUCUGAAGACCAUUGCGCUUCACGCUAGGAAUGCGGAGUACAACCCGAAGCGUUUCGCUGCUGUUAUCAUGCGCAUUCGCGAACCGAAGACGACCGCCCUUAUUUUUGCGUCGGGUAAAAUGGUCGUUACCGGUGCGAAGUCCGAAGAUGACUCCAAGCUCGCUUCGAGAAAAUAUGCGCGCAUCAUACAGAAACUGGGGUUCAACGCGAAGUUUACGGACUUCAAAAUCCAGAACAUUGUCGGGUCUUGCGAUAUUAAGUUUCCAAUUCGCUUGGAGGGACUUGCCAGUCGCCAUCACAAUUUCAGCUCCUACGAACCUGAACUUUUCCCCGGUCUCAUUUAUCGUAUGAUGAAACCGAAAAUUGUCUUACUGAUCUUCGUCAGUGGCAAGAUUGUUUUGACGGGAGCCAAAGUACGAGAGGAGAUCUAUCAGGCCUUUGAAAUGAUCUACCCCGUCCUCACUGACUUCCGCAAAGUUUAACGCCUCACUCACUUCCUUCUGCGGCCCAUCAAAUCCAUCACACCCUAUCUAUUACCUCGGAUCUUCGGUUUACCACCUUGUAUUAACAGUUUUCUUUUUCUUAUCGAUCAUACGGCUCUGCCUGAAUGGAGCAUGCAUUACGUAGUUCCCUCCCAGCUUGUUGGACAUGAUAAUUUCUGCUUUGAGCUAGCUGUGCCCAAUGACAAGAAGCAAAACUAUCACGGCACUGACGGGAGUGAAUCUGCCUUGUUAUUUUCUGUCUUUGUUUUCCAAUCGUGCAUUUACAUGGAGUUAUAGCGACUGUGUUUUUUUUUUUUUUGGUUUCUUUUAUUGUCUUCUCAUGCUUCAUGCUCCUGCUCUUUUUUUAAAGCUUCAACAAAGUUGUCUGUUAUGGAUGUUCCUGUUGUUUCUAACGAAUCCUGUUUACUACUUUACUUAGCACACAUUAGAAAAGUCGCGGUUCUCUUCUUCCCGCAGACCUGACGGGGGUGGGCGCUCAGGCGCAAUUAAAUUCAAAUUAAUAUGGGAUGAUGAUGGGUCUUGUUGAUUU